GAUAAGCGCGUGAUCGCAUCUGUCAGACUUGAUCAAAGGUCUCGAGGGUCGAUCAGCGGAAUCCAGCGUGCGCUUCUCGUUAACUUUGAUCCGGAUCACGGCGGAGCUCCAGCGACUGAACGCACGGGCUGACUGGAGGCUGACGCGGUGCGUGCGCACGGUAAUCCAGGUCAGAGCCGUUAUAAUAGAAGCUCUUUUGUUGGAGCUCUCUGGCCCGGAUCGGUUUCAUCUAAUUGUGGGUUUCUCUGUAAUCGAGCACACCGUCAAAUUCGGUUUCUUCCCGCAAAGUUUUCUUCAGAAGAGGCUGCGUCUGAUUUCAGCCGCGUUUCGCAAUCCGCCGCACGCAGAUUUCGCGUCGCGCGCAUUCUUCUGAUUGCACAUCCGUUAUACGAGUCUGUGCUCAACAAAGGGCCGUCCAUAAAGAGCCUUUGACCAGUGAAACCCGAGAUCCUAAAAGCUCGCUGGAGGCCGAGGAAAAGCGCACUGGAGCUUCACAUCUGACCGCGGCGCGAGGAGCAGCGCGGAGACGCAGCGCGAACGCAUGCUUGGUGAAGUCUGGCGCAGCGGUUCUUGGCACCGUAGCUUUUCCAGCAGCUCGCAGAUGAAUGAAACUCAAUCCGGGUUAAUCUGCCGCGCUCUGUAGGAGGUAUAUAGCGGCGAUGGACGCGCACUGAGCAUGUCCGCGGCGCGGCGCGCAUCAACCCCUGAUCGACGGCACCAUGGUGGAGCACAGCGGCCUGGACAUCAUGUGUCUGAACAAAUACAGCCCCGCUUCCUCCUCCUCCUCCUCCUCAUCCUCCUCGAACGCGGAGAAGAAACUUUUCUCCAAGCUCAAAGUGAGUCUGACCAAGAAGUACCCUCAGAAGAACGCGGAGACGCUGAGCGCGCAGUACGGAACCAACCUGCUUCUGAUCGGCGUGUCCGUGAUGCUCGCGCUGGCGCAGCACGGUCCCGCGGUGAAGAAGGAGCACCUGCUGGCCUUCAUCACGGCGCUGAUGCUGGUGCAGCUCGUCUGGAUGCUCUGCUACAUGAUCCGGAGGGAACGGGAGCGCGGUCCGGUGCCGGAGAGGGACGCGCACGCGGGCACCAGCUGGAUCCGAGGGGGGCUGACGAUGCUGGCGUUGCUGUCGCUCAUCAUGGACGCGUUCCGCAUCGGCUAUUUCGUCGGAUAUCAUUCGUGCAUCUCUGCCGUGCUCGGAGUCUAUCCCAUCGUGCACGCGCUGCACACCAUAUCUCAGGUGCAUUUCCUCUGGUUCCACAUCAAAGAUGUCAUCAAGAAAUAUGAAACGUUUGAAAGGUUCGGAGUGAUUCACGCCGUCUUCACUAACCUGCUGCUGUGGUGUAAUGGAGUGAUGUCAGAAGCUGAACAUUUCCUCAACAACCACAGGAGACGGCUGACUGCGCUGGGAUACGCCAAUCUGUCCACAGUGGAAGCGGAGCCGCACUGUAACUGCACCACCAGCGUCUGCUCUAUGUUCUCCACCAGCCUCUACUACCUGUACCCCUUCAACAUCGAGUACCACAUCUUCGUCUCGGCCAUGCUGUUAGUGAUGUGGAAGAACAUCGGCCGCACGCUGGACCUCCACAGCAACCGCAAGCGUCCCAGCACACGGAGCCCGGGUCUGCUGCUCGGCCCCAUGCUGGGUCUGCUGGCGCUGGCCAGCUCCGUCACCGUGCUGGUGGUGUACCUGAUCCAGGUGGAGAAGUCUCCGCAGGCCGCCGUCUCCAUGUUCUACUGCUACGGCGUGGUGAUGCUGAGCUGCAUGUGCGUCGCGAGCGGAGCCGGGCUGCUGGUGUACCGUCUGGAGGCCUGGCCCAUGGACACGGGUUCGAACCCGGCGCGUGCGCUGGACGCGGAGCUGCUGCUGGGCUCGUCGCUGGGCUCGUGGCUGAUGUCGUGGUGCAGCGUGGUGGCGGUGGCUGCGGCGGGACGCGGCUCUCCUGGUUUCCGCUGGACCUGCCUGGCGUACUCGCUGCUGCUGGUGCUGGAGAAGUGCGUGCAGAACCUGUUCAUCGUGGAGUCGCUGUACCGCCGCCGCAGGGAUCCGGAUGACGCGCUCGCAACCGAGGUGUUCUGCGUCACGCCACCGUACGACGGCAUCGUGAACCGCGGCUACGAGACGCAGGAGAAGCACUGCACGACUCUGGAGGGAGAGACGCCCGAGAACAGAGCGGCGUUCAGCAGGAAGCAGACUGACGUCACACUUCCUGUGGGAAACCGGCUCAAUGUGACACCCGGGAGGAAGAGGCAAAUCCUGAAGAACAUCACCAUCUUCCUCUUCAUGUGCAACAUCUCGCUGUGGAUUCUCCCGGCCUUCGGCUGCCGGCCGCAGUAUGACAACGGUCUGGAGCAGGAGACGUUCGGCUACAGCGUUUGGACCACGGUGCUGAACGUGGCCAUUCCCAUGAACCUCUUCUACCGCAUGCACUCGGUGGCGUCGCUCUUCGAGGUCUUCCGGAAGGUUUGAGGGUGUGUGGAGUACUCUAUCUGGUGCUCACAAACACUGACAGACACACAAACACUGGUCUGAGGAAGUUCAUGCGUUCAGAACCACUGUGAUCGGAUCCGGUUCUCAUGGACUCGAUCGGCCCUUAAAGACGCUCUCUAUAACUUGACAGACUAGAAGUUCUCAGGCCUGAAGAUUCUUUACACUCUCCUCAGUAAUGUUUACACACACACACACACACACACACACACACUCACACACGCAC